AUGGAAGCAGCAAAACUUGAAUUAUUUCCACCAUGUAUGAUUUCGCAAACUGUUCAUGACAAUGUUCAUCAACGGAAACAUUUCGUUCAUAGUUUAAUAACUGAUACAGAUAAAAUUAAAAGAGUUUUAAAUGCACAAUCAACCAAAUUAUUCAUAUGUUUUCUUGGUAUAUUUGUUUCAUAUCUUGUUUUUGGUAUUGUACAAGAAUCAAUUGUCAAAGGAAUUUAUGGAAAAAAUGAUAAAUUUACAUAUAUUUUAUCGCUGGUUUUUUUUCAAUGUGUCUUUAAUGCCAUCGCAUCUAAAACAAUUUUAAUCAUUCGAAAAAGCCAUCGAGAUUCAACACCGUCAAAAAUGUAUGCAUUUUCAUCAUUUACAUAUUUAUUUGCGAUGCUUUCAAGUAAUUAUGCUUUAGAAUUUGUGAGUUAUCCUAUGCAGGUUUUGGGAAAAUCAGUAAAACCUGUUCCAGUUAUGUUGUUGGGUGUACUUGUAGCAAGGAAACGAUAUCCAUUAGAGAAAUAUUUUUAUGUUUUAUUAAUUGUUCUUGGAGUAGUUUUAUUUAUGUAUAAAGAACCGAAAGAGACAACAAAGCUAGUUGAAGCAGGUGAAAUAUUUGGUAUUGGAGAAUUUCUUUUGUUUGUUUCACUUGUCUUCGAUGGUUUAACGGGUGGUAUACAAGAUAAAAUUCGUGAUAAACAUAAAGUACAAGCUUAUCAUAUGAUGUUUUCUAUGAAUAUAUGGUCAUGUUUAUGGGCAUCUAUUGGUAUUGUUGCAACAGGUGAAUUUUAUGGAUUGAUUGAUUUUCUUCAAGCUUAUCCAUAUGUGAUUACAAAUAUGGUUUUACUUGGUUUGACUGGUGCAGUCGGACAAAAUUUUAUCUUUCUCACUAUUGAAUGGUUUGGCCCAUUGACAUGUUCAAUAUUUACAACGACACGUAAAUUUUUCACAAUACUUUGUUCAAUAUUGAUUUUUGGAAAUGUAAUAACGGGUCGUCAAAUGUUUGGAACAGUACUUGUUUUUCUUGGACUUUUUCUUGAACAAUUGUAUGGAAAGAAAAAACAUUAA